AUGGACACAUUAACAGCAGAUAACGUAGUUUUCACUAUACGUCAAGCCGCAGCAGCCGAGAGUAACAUGAUAGAGAUGAUUGGACAUGUCCAUGCCGAUUUGUUUAACCAAGAAAAAUUUCUCAUAAACGGUGUUGAAAUGAAAGUUAAAUUUGUGAGAUCCAGAGAUUCGUUUAACUUAAUGGCUGGUGCAGGUGCAACUUAUAAAGUAAAAAUUGUCGAUGCCAAUUUGCUGGUACGAAGAAUGAAGAUAAAUCCUACAAUUCUUCUCGCUAACACUAAAGCAUUAGAAACGUCCGCCGCAAAAUAUCCUAUUACUCGAACCGAUGUAAAAGUGUUAACAAUACCAACCGGAAUACAGCGUAAAUCUUUAGAUAACGUCUUCCUUGGACAGUUGCCAAAACGUUGCAUAAUCGGUUUUGUAUCCAAUAAAGCGUUUAAUGGCGAUUACGCGUCUAACCCUUUCAAUUUCCAAAACUACAAGAUUAAUUACAUGUCCCUGUACAUCGACGGACAGCAAAUUCCUUCAAAGCCGUUGCAACCUGAUUUCACACGGGCAGGAUUAUACGUACGGGCAUAUCAUACUUUAUUUUCGGGGACGGGGAUUCAUUUUUUGAAUGAAGGAAAUAACAUAUCGCGUUUAGAUUACCCUCACGGCUACUGUUUAACUACCUUUGACCUGACACCUGAUUUAUCCGCUAACGCCACAACACAUUGGAAUUUAGUUAGGAAUGGUUCAUUGCGCAUCGAAGUUGGAUUUCAAGAUGCGUUAACUGAAACAGUAAACUGCUUGGUAUAUGCGGAGUUCGACAAUGUCAUUGAAAUCGAUAAACACCGAAAUGUUAACGCAGUUAAAAGAGAAAUCUCAAAAUUGCGUACAUUGCAUAGUCUUACGCACAUCAAUAAGUUCGAAAAGCAGAAAAAUAAAUUAAGCUGA